GCAAAAGCUCACCCUUCAUGGAAACUAGAGACAUUACAAAAAAAUGGAUGUAGUCAUUUGAAGAGAAUGGAUCAUUUGAAAGUAUGGGAAAAAGAUGUUGAACAUGGUGGAACUAAAUUUGAUAAAUAUUAUGUGAUUGAUUCUUGGACGUAUGACCGCUUCGUCGAGGCAAGACAAAAUUAUCAACAAGUGACUACACGAAAUUUGCAGCAAUGGGCUUUAGCUGCAGCCAGCCAGUUUCUUAAUCUUCAAUUUACAGCGUCCGACCCAUGGGUAAAAAAAUUUAAACAAAGACACAACAUUCGUCAACGCAAAAUUACAAAAUUUGUAACAGACAAAGAAGUUCACACCAUGCCAGAAAUUAUCGCCUCUGCAGAAAUGUUUCGCAUUCAAACAAAACAAUUGAUAUCUAACUUCGAUAGUGACUUCGUUAUUAAUACAGAUCAAACAGAUUUUUUAAAAUUCAUAUUUUCAGGAUGUCAAUACCAAUCAAUGUUUAAUAGGACACUGACGGAAAAAGGAAGCAAAACAGUGUUUGCAAAAGUACAAGACAUGACCAAGGUGUCACACUCAUAUACUGCACAAUAUAGCAUAACAUUAUCUGGAAAAUUACUACCACAUGUCUUUAUUUGUUUGCAAGAGCCUACAGGUGAUUUUGGGCCAAGAAUAAAGAAAAACGUAUAAGAAUAUUUAAAAAAAUACAAAAAUGUUAUUGUCACAUCAUCAAAAUCAGGAAAACUGACAACUAUUCUCUAUAAAAAUUUUCUAGAGAAAUGUUUAAUGCCAUAUGUUCAAAAAAAUAAAUUUCUUUUCAUUAUUGACUCGUGGACAGGACAAGUGAAGCCAGAAUUAUAUGAUGAAAUAUUUCAGGAUGAUAAAAAAAUGCCUACAUGCACAUUUAAAGUUAUACCUCCAAAAUGUACUCCGUUAGUUCAACCAUGUGAUGUCUAUUUCUAUAGACAAGUGAAAAAUUUUAUCAAACGAUUGCAAAGUACCGCUGAACUUCUAGACAAGAAUUAUGAAAUUCAUUCCCGAGAGGAUUGCAUAAAAAUUCAUUCAAUUAUUCAUCACCAAUUGUCAGCGCCAAUAUUUCGAGACAUGAUGGAAUAUGCCUGGUUCGCCAGCGGGCUUUGUGACACAAGAAAUUUUUUUACUAAUGUCAAUGAUGGGUGUUUCUCAUUAGACCGUUUAAAAAUACCGUGUCAUUGUAAAAAAGCAGCAUUUAUUUGUUGUUCUUGGUGUAGAAAAAUUUUUUGUUUUGAAUGUUUUUAUCAUAAGUAUCACUCAGGA